AUGGCUACUUCAAGCCGACGACAAAGUGUGGUGCGACAAUUAGGCAAUGAUGAGAGCAAUUUCGAAUGCCCCCUUUGCACACGGCCGAAUGUCGCCGAUAAGUGGAUGGUCCAGUGCGACGUUUGCGAAAGCUGGAUCCACUUCUCGUGUGCCGGCGUCGAUAAUACCAUCAGCAACAAACCCUUUACGUGUGUGAGAUGUGCCCCUCCCCCACCACCGGCCGGAUCGAGAUCGUGCAGAUCAACGACAUCCAGCGUUCGUGCCGCCCGGCGAGAGCUAGAGCUACAGCGCUUAGCCGAGGAGAAAGCAUUCCAGGAAAGGUUGCUGAGGGAACGCCAGGAGGAAGAAGAAGCCAUGCAGAAGAGAGUUGCGGAGCAGGAACAGGAGCGGAGGAAAAGGGCGAUGCAGGAGAAGCUUGAGUUGGAGAAGCAGUACAUCGAACGAAAAUUCGACCUUUUGCGGGCCGAGUUAGAUGAGGAUGACGACGAUCGGAGUGUACGAAGCCGCCGAAGCACCCGGAGCGUUCAACGCACAGUCCAGACUUGGGUGAGAGAACAGGAGAAAUUGACCAUGGCCACCGGUACCGGAAUUGAUACGAUUCCCACUGGUCCCACGUCAAACACCGGAACCUUGCCCAAAACGACAUCUGCCGCGAUCCAGGAUGCUGGUCAAACCGUGGACACAUCCCAAGUCGAUGCCCAUAUCGAUCUUCCAGCUACAGCGACCAUCGAUUUGACAGCCUUGAAUAUUUCCCCUCCUACUUCCCGCCAGAAGGACCAACAUGCGCCCUUGAAUAUGGUCAUUUCUCCUCUCAUUCAGUCUGCAAGCCGAAGGGAUAGGUUUUCAACUUGUUUACCGCAGCAGGUAGGUGAGCAACAGCUACAGAAAAAUGCUGGUCAGCACCAACCACAACAGCGAAAUGAAUCCAGCGCCUUCGUCGAUAGUACAACUAAGACGGUAACAUUAGUAGAUAGUAAUACGCUAAGCCAAGGUAUGUUAUCAGUAUCUGCUCCAUUAUUUACUAACGACUCCCAGGGACAUUUUAUCGCCCCUCCGCGGCCAACCGGCGGCGAGCUCCUAAGUAGAUUCACUCGCCUCGCACACGUAGAAACUAUUCCUAAUAAUCCAUCUCAAAGGCAAUUGCUAUCCAAGCCAUUUGUAGAAAACGCUCCGAACUCGUUAGGCACUCUUAAUACCCCAUUGGUCCCUGUAUUUCCUCCAACACACCAACGCGUUACGAGUGUUUCUAGCUACUCGUAUCCAAUCACAACACCGAUGGUUUUCGAUAGAGGGCAAAAUGUGUCAAGUGUUACGCGAAGUGCUAGUGAUCCACGUGUCGUUGCGCCAGUAUACGCCGGGGUAGCGGGUAUCCAUCCAAAUGCCGCGGAGCCAACAACUUCAGUUCCGGUUUCGCGCCCUCCGCCGGACAUGACGCGGUUCGAGAUGCCACCAAUAGGCAUUCAAUCAUCGUUGCCGCCAUUGGCACCUCUUGAUGGACCGACGGCCCAGCAGAUUGCAGCUCGGCACGUUGUUCCAAAGGAUUUGCCGGCGUUUUCUGGCGAUCCAACGGAGUGGCCACUCUUCGCCAGCAGUUACUACAACUCCACGGCCAUGUGUGGCUAUUCAGACGGCGAAAAUUUGAUGAGACUACAGCGCAGCCUUAAAGGGAACGCCAGGGAAGCGGUUCAUUGCCAUCUCCUGCACCCUGCGUCGGUUCCGCAAGUUAUGAUGACGCUGCAAACCCUCUUCGGACGUCCGGAGCUCAUCGUUCGUAGCUUGUUGAACAAGGUUCAGUCAACACCAGCACCGAAGGCAGACAAGCUGGAGACCCUAAUUAGUUUUGGACUUGCCGUUCAAAAUCUGUGCAGCCACCUGCAAUCAAUGGGAAUGGAGGCGCACCUAUCGAAUCCAACUCUUCUUCAGGAACUGGUAGAUAAGCUGCCUACCAACUUGAAACUGGAUUGGGCCCUGCAUCAGCGUCAAUUGGCAACCGUAGACCUGAGCUCGUUCGGCAACUACAUGUCAACGAUCGUCUUUGCUGCUUCAAAGGUUUCUGUUGGAUCGGAACCAGUGAGAAGGUUUGAAAAGCCAAAGGGGAAGGAGAAAGGCUUUCUUAAUGUUCAUUCUACUGAAGAAGUGAGCAACAACGACCGAGAAGAGCGAAAGGGAAGCAGCGCAGGGCAGACGAGGACUCCAUACACCCCUAAGCCGUGUCCGGUGUGUAAGAAAGAACCGCAUAAGGUGAAGGACUGCCGCAGUUUCCUGAAAGCAACUAUCGACGACCGCUGGAAGUUAGUUCAUCAGGCGAACCUGUGCAGGCGCUGCUUGAUUGGCCACGGCAAAUGGCCAUGUAAAGCGACAGUGUGCGGGAUGGAUGGAUGCGAGCUACGUCAUCAUAGGCUGUUGCAUCCGGGAAGACCAGAAUCAUCGUCGAGCGCCAAGGAUCAGCCCAAAGUAACUGGUACCGUAGGUGUUCACCGUCAUCAGUCUCGUCCCACACUUUUCCGAAUCAUUCCGGUCACCGUUCAUGCGAAUGGAACAUCCAUUCGCACGCUUGCGUUCCUCGACGACGGCUCUUCCUACACAUUGGUAGAGCAGGACCUCGCGGAUGAACUUGGCGUUACUGGCGAGCUGGAACCACUGUGCCUACAAUGGACAAGUGGAAUAACAAGGACGGAGGCGAACUCUCGACUGCUGCAGAUUGAGGUAUCUGGUGUCGACUCCAACCGGAAACACAUCUUGGAGGAUGUACGAACAGUGGAGAAACUCGAUCUACCUCUACAAUCGUUACGAUAUCUAGAGCUAGCGGAAAAGUACGAGUACCCGCGGGGUCUUCCGGUGGCAAGCUACGACAACACGGUUCCGCGUAUUCUAAUUGGCGUAGACAACGCCAAUUUACUGGUGACGCUCAAGAAAAGGGAAGGGAAGAAGUUCGAGCCAGUUGCCACCAAAACUAGGCUUGGAUGGACGAUCUACGGGAACGUGGAAGGAUUCGGCGAGCCAUCCCAUCGACUUCUACACAUUUGCGCCCGAUCAGCUGACGAAAAACUUCAUGAAAAAGUCAAAGAGUUCUUCUCGAUCGAAAGUGUCGGCGUCGCAGUUGCAACGAGGAUCGAAGCAGAGGACGAACGAAGGGCUCGGACGAUCAUGGAGGAAACGACCAUCCGCACGUCAUCUGGAAGAUUCCAGACUGGUCUCCUAUGGAGGAAUGACUACGUCGAGUUCCCGGACAGCCGGGCUAUGGCAGAGCAUCGUCUCAAGUGUUUGGAACGGCGACUUAGUAAGAACCCCGAGCUGUACAGCAACGUUAAGCAGCAAAUCAAAGAUUACCAACGCAAAGGAUAUGCGCACGAGUUAACCGAGGUGGAGGCGAACAACAGCGAUCCUCGACGGGUAUGGUGUUUGCCCUUAGGGGUUGUGACAAACCCGAACAAACCAGGCAGGGUACGGGUCGUUUGGGAUGCCGCAGCUAAAAUUGAAGGGAUCUCGUUCAACUCCAUGCUGAUGAAGGGUCCAGACAUGACUGCGUCGCUCUCAACAGUGCUGUAUCGUUUCCGGCAACGACAAAUCGCCAUAGCAGGUGACAUCAGGGAGAUGUUUCACCAGAUCCAAAUUCGUCCACAAGAUCGUCAAGCUCAAAGAUUUUUAUGGCGAGAUGAACCUGGUGAAGCAUGCAAGGAAUACGUCAUGGACGUGGCAACCUUCGGGUCGACCUGCUCACCUUCGUCGGCCCAAUACAUCAAGAACAGGAACGCUGAAGAGUGGAGCGAACAGUACCCGGAGGCUGCGGUAGCCAUCAUAGAGUGCCAUUACGUGGAUGACUAUCUGGACAGUCUAGAUAGUGAGGAAGAAGCUGUUCGACUGGCGCUCGAUGUGAAGACCGUUCAUGCUAAGGCCGGAUUUGAUAUUAGGAAUUGGCUGUCAAAUUCAGAGCUGGUCCUUCAACGGGUCGGGGAUCCGGGCCAGCAGAUUACGAAGAGUUUCACAGUCGGCAAAGGAUCGGAGACUGAAAGGGUGCUGGGAAUGAGUUGGACACCGAAGGAGGACACUUUCACUUUCGCUGUGAAUUUUCGGAGCGACAUCCAAUCGUUGAUCAGUGGGACGAGCGUGCCGACAAAAAGGCAAGUUCUUCGAGUCGUCAUGAGUGUUUUCGACCCUCUGGGAUUAGUCGCGGUGUUCGUGAUCCACGGAAAGUGCUUGGUACAAGACAUUUGGCGGACCAAAAUUGGUUGGGAUGAUCCAAUUCCCGAGAAACUUCACGAAACUUGGCGUCGAUGGAUUCAAGUUCUUCAACAGCUACCUCAACUCGAACUACCACGAUGCUACUUUCCAAACUACAGUGUCGGCAGUCUUCGGAGUCUACAGCUUCAUGUGUUUGUGGAUGCCAGCGAGACGGCCUACUCUUGCGUCGCUUACUUCCGGAUUGAAGAUCAGGAAAGGGGAUUCCGAUGCGCGCUUGUUUCGUCCAAGACAAAGGUGGCUCCGCUAAAACCGCUAUCAAUACCGCGUUUGGAGCUCCAGGCAGCGGUCAUCGGUACACGAUUGAUGAAGUCCAUCCAGCAGAGUCACACGCUGCCUGUCUGCCGACGGGUUAUUUGGAGCGAUUCAAGAACCGUCCUGUCAUGGAUCCAAUCAGAUCAACGCAAUUACCGGCAGUUUGUUGCGUUUCGGAUAAGCGAAAUCUUAGACGAGACCAAAUUGGAAGAAUGGAGAUGGAUUCCAUCGCGCCUCAACGUUGCUGACGAAGCGACCAAAUGGGGAAACGGGCCAAACCUAAGCGAGAACAGCCGAUGGUUCUGUGGGCCAGAGUUCCUCUGCAAAGAAGAAUCGGAGUGGCCGAAACAGGAGCUCCCGGAAGCCGAUACAGCGGAAGAACAACGACCAGUACACGCGCACCACAGAGCGGCAGAGGAACCAAUUGUCGACUUCACAAGGUUCUCCAGUCUUCAACGUUUGGUUAGAACCGUUGCGUAUGUGCGCCGUUUUAUCGCUGUUUCCAGAAGAAGAUUCGUAGCUGAAGUUCCUGCGUCUGCAAUAUUGUCUCGCCAAGAAAUUCAGGAAGCGGAGUUUACACUAUGGCAUUGGGUUCAAGCAGAAGUUUACCCUGAUGAACUGCAUACACUUCGUGUCAAUCAGCAGCUAGAAACCCAUGAACGUAGAAAAUUUGGGAAAACCAGUCCAUUACGUAAACUAUGUUGCUUCAUCGACCAGGCUGGAGUUAUUCGGUUGGAUGGACGAUUAGGAAACGCUCCACAUGCUUCGUAUGCGGCGAAAUUCCCGGUAAUUCUGCCUAAGAAGCAUCCUUUUACCGGAUUGCUCGUCUUAUCGUUCCAUCAGCGAUUCGCACACGGAAAUGGCCAAACAGUUAUCAACGAAAUACGCCAAAGAUUUCACAUCUCUAGCCUUCGAAUCAUGGUUCGACAGGUUGCAAAACAGUGCGCAUGGUGCACUGUCUACAAAUCCAGCCCACGCUUUCCCAAAAUGGCUCCACUUCCAGAAGUUCGGGUGACUCCUUACGUCCGUGCAUUCACGUACAUCGGCGUGGAUUACUGCGGGCCAUUCUCGCUACGAAUUCGGAGGUACGAGGUGAAAAAAUGGGUGAUGCUUGUUACAUGCCUUACGGUACGAGCUGUGCAUCUCGAGGUAGUCGGCAGCCUGUCAACCGAAGGCUGCAAGAUGGCUAUUCGUAGAUUUAUAGCGAGACGAGGAUCACCGCUGGAAAUAUAUAGCGACCAGGGGACUAACUUCAUCGGCGCAAGCAGAGAGCUGAGGGAGGAAAUAGCCAGCAUUAACAAGGACCUAGUUGGAACAUUCACCAAUGCCGAUACACAAUGGCGCUUCAACCCGCCUGCUACGCCACACAUGGGUGGAGCGUGGGAGCGUCUCGUGAAAUCGGUGAAAACGGCGCUGAGGACAAUUUCAGCAGGAAGAAAACCGGACGAAGAAACGUUCUACACGUACCUAACCGAGGUAGAAUCUAUAGUCAACUCCCGCCCGCUAACUGAAGUGCCGUUAGAAUGCGAAGAUGGUGAAGCGAUUACACCAAAUCACUUCUUAUUGUUGAACUCCAGCGGAGUGGUACAACCGCCUCAGCUUCCGAUAGCCAACGGUGCAGCUUUAAGGACCAAUUGGAAUCAAAUCCAAUACCUUUUGGAUCAAUUUUGGGCCAAGUGGAUAAGAGAGUAUCUGCCUAUCAUCAACUGCCGGUCGAAGUGGUUGACGGACGCCAAACCUGUACAACCUGGAGAUCUGGUGAUGGUUGUAGACGCAGGAUCACGGAACAGCUGGAAACGGGGCAAAAUAGUGAAGAUCUACAAGGGCGCAGAUGGCGUUGUACGACGAGCUGACGUCCAGACUAUCUACGGAUUGCUGCAGAGGUCUGUUACUGGUUUAGUGGUGCUCGAGGUGAUGAAGAACGGUACAGCUGCAGGAAGUUGCCAGCAAUACGGGUCGGGGAAUGUUGGAGAAACCGAUCACCCGGCAGCACUGCCACCAGUCGGUAAAUCAGGUUUGACCUCAAACUCAGAACGUCAGGGUGACAGAUGA